GGCAGAGUCGAUUAAAAUAAAAUAAUAACCUUCCAAAAUUAAAAUAAGGAGGAGGAGAUGAUUAAAAUAAACAAGUUUUGUAGGUUCCAACCAACCAAAACUUGAAAAAAAGUAAUUAAUUGAAGACCGUGUAACUUAGGCCUUGUGGACAUGUCGCCCACCCUCAUGGCAAAUCAAAACCAACGAGAGUCUGCUGAAUGUCUGACUUGGCUUUUGCUUUUGCUUAUCACACUCUCUCUCUCUUUUGUUAUUAAAGUAGCUUCUGUUGUGUAUAUAUAUAAGGACCCUAAGGUGGCGGCUUUUCUUUUCAGCCUUGAUCAGUUUCAUUCAUUGGAAGAUAUGGGAACAUUGAAACAAAUUGGUGCUCCUCAAACACAAUCAUCAUCAUCCUCAUCUUCUUCCAUUGAUAGCAACAACCACCCUUCUAGGACUCCACCACCACCCUCUUCACCUUCAUCAAGCGUAUGCAGAAACAGAACUGAUUUGAGCACUGAUCUCAGACUUGGCCUUAGCAUCUCUCCUUCUUCUCAAUCUGAAUCACCCUUCAAUUCAACACCGAGGGAAGAAAGUUUUGAUUGGCCACCAAUUAAGUCCAUAUUGAGGAGCACCCUUGUGGGGAAACAAAGCCAUCUGAGCCAAAGACCCUCUUUAUUUGUCAAAGUCUACAUGGAAGGCAUCCCCAUAGGAAGAAAAUUGAAUCUGUUGGCACAUUAUAGCUAUGAUGGACUUGUGAAAACUCUUGGCCACAUGUUUAGGACCAUAAUUCUCUGUCCUAACUCUCAACCUCUUAAUUCUGGGAGUUUUCACGUGCUAACUUAUGAGGAUCAAGAAGGGGACUGGAUGAUGGUUGGAGAUGUGCCGUGGGAGAUGUUCUUGAACAGUGUGAAGAGGCUGAAGAUCACGAGAGCUGACAGAUGCUAGUUAAUUUAAUAAUGUAUACAAUCUUUCACAACACAAGCUCCUCCUCAAUUUUCAUUGUUCAUAAAUUUUUGUUCUAGAUCUAGUUAUUAAUUAGAGGGUGGGUGAAACCGUGGAGAAAUUCCACCAAAGAGAAUGGAUCCCGUGAUUAUCAUAAUAUCUAAUAGCUUUGUACACCAAAAAGUAUAGAUGUAUAGCUUCUUACCUAAUUCUCAAUGCAGUGCAUAGCUGCAGUGUUUCUUAGUGUCUCUGUUUGAUGAUGGAGU